AUGGCUCAGAGGUUCGACGAAAACGCUACUUUUAUGAUGACAGAAAAUGAGAGCUCCACUGAUCUAUUGCCAUUUUCUACGUUUAUGGAAGGUUAUCCAACCGUUCGCCGAGAUUACGACGGGGUCGCAGCGCACUGGAAAUGGUUUCCGAUGCAGUGGUCCUGGUGGAACAUUCUUCAACUGGUAUCUGCAAUACUUGGAAUCUUUGGAAACCUUCUGGUUAUGUUGGUCUUGUACAGCAGACGAAAGGUUCGUAGGUCUACCGACACCCUCAUUGGUGGUCUGGCCUUCGCCGACUUUUUGACCUCCGUGUUCCUCGUACCGCACCCACAGAUUGAUACCUUACCAAGUGACGGGUGGCUGUCUCAGGUCUACUGUCUUGUCAUCCACUCUUCUCUUGUCUUGUGGAUAGCCGUUGUUGCUUCCGUAUUUACACUAACAGCAAUAUCCAUGGAUCGCUACCUCGCUAUCGCAUAUCCAUUCUUCUUCAUGAAACACGUCAACUCUUCUCGCACCUCUAUCUGCAUCCUGAUCAUUUGGGUUGCUGCAGUUGUAACAAAUAGCUUUCAGAUUGUUGUAGGUUUUGCGGCAGAAAAUACAUGUGUCGUCGUAUUUCCGUCACAGAAUGCUCAGUACACGAUCGGCGUUUUUGUUUUCAUGAUAGAGUUUGUCGUUCCAAUAACGGUAAUGAUCUCAACGCAGACAAUGACAGCAGUCAUUCUACAUAGGCAGUCUUUUCGGUUCCAGGAAGGUAGCUCAAUCAAUGACCGAUCAAAUGCUAACCACAUCGCCGCUAGAAAGCGCGUCGUCAGUAUGCUUCUGCUCGUGAUAACGGUAUUUAUCUUCUGCUGGGGACCUGAUCAAAUCUUUUUCCUGAUGUUCAACCUGGGACUUCUUGACAUCUCAUUCUUGUACGGCACUCUUCAUCGAUCUCUUGUCGUCCUCGCGUUUAUGAACUCCUGUGCCAACGUUUUCAUAUACACCAUUCGUUACCCUAAAUUUCGUCGGGCCAUAUGUGAUAUGUUCAGGAGCGAUUCUAAGAUAUUAGUUCCUCUUUUCGGAGAAGUCACUGCUAAGGAUCAAAAGAGACUUACAGCAUCGUCGUCCAAUGUUUAA